AUGAUGCUUCCUUCCUCGCUCUUUGUGGCGUUUUCCGUCCUCGCGACCACCGCGAGUUCGCGCGAAGGCCUUCACAAGGCGACGUACGGGCUCUUGCAGGUUUCCCCAUCCUUUUCUGGUAAAGGCGUCUCCCUUUACCCGGCUCAUCAUCCUGACCAUGAUCCGUACGAUCUGGAGCACCUGACCCCAAAGCUGGAGAAUGAGCUAUACUAUAGCCAGGAGGGUCAUAGACCUGCCAUGCAUGGUGCCAAGCACAGCAACAUGAAGGCCGUUUUCAAUCACCCUACGGUUGUGCUCGACUACAGCAGCCACCUCACCUCUCUACAGUGUCCAGCCAGCGGCAUAAUGAAGGCCUGUUUCCGGCCUGAAGCGUUUGAGCACGUCCAGAGCACCUGGAAUAUUAGCGUGCUCAGCAUCGUGACGUAUCAUGUCGGGUGCGGUGAUGAGUACAACGGACAGCGUUCCUACUUCGUGGCCGAAAGCCUACAGUUCGACGUCAAGUCUUCGUGCGUGUCGCUGAAUGCCACUUCCAUCGACCACGAGCAUGCACUUUCUUCUGGUGAGAUUACCUGGGGAACCUACGAACAUCCCGAGUACAGGAAAAGGGUGCCUGUCAAGGGCCAUGUUCGCGUAACACGGCGCACUGCUUCGCAGCGUGAGACGUCGAGCAUGUAUAGGCGAGACGACGGAAACGAGACAGAGGUGGACUUGGAUGAUCUCCUGGGCGAUCCUGGCACAGACGACGAGGCGGACAGGGGCGAGUCGAUUGAUCUCAACAACAAUGGCUCGGCUUUGGUGGACUUUUUCGGGACUGACAACUUUGACAUGAGCGACAUUGCGGAUCCGGUGCCCCAGGAUGAAGACCUGGACUUCAUCAAAGAGGACGGCAAGGUCGGCACGGACGAGGAAGAGAAUAGCCCCAAGCGGUUUCGCCAGCGGGCCUCUCCUUCUCUAUGGGAUGCACGGGACAGCCAUUUGCGCCUCGAAGAUCGCGGCAUUGUAGAGUUCUUCCAGGGUCUCUACAACGGUGUCAAGAGUUUCUUUCAGAGUAUUGGCGACUUUUUCAAGCAGGCUGUAAGCCUCAUCACCUCUGUCGGCAAGAUCAUCGUCGCGUCAGCCAUCGUGGCUGCCAAGCUGAUUGCCGUUCCAUUUGGUGUGCCAUUUGAUCAUUCCUACCACAACGACUUCAGGUUUACGCAUAAUGUCGUCGGCGAAGCCAGUAAUCGCCCUCCCAAGAUUUUUGGCUACGAGGACGGCUUCAACCUCGCCGGCACCGGAGGUAUCUUUUCAAUCCAGUGCGCCAAGUGCGGUGUCCACGGCGACUUCUCCGUGGAUGGUCGGCUGGCUUUUAGUCUCAAGGACGGCAUCACGGACGGCAGGGUUUCCCUGACCAACAAUGAUCCCUUCACGGUCGAUGCCGUUUUUGGCAUCACGCUCGAGGUGCAGUACGACAAGUCGGUCAAGGGCUUCGACAAGCAGAUCGCGGCCGUGCCUCUGAGCCCCCUCACGAUCCCCGGCAUUCUCACCCUCGGACCGCAGCUGGCACUCAGUGGCGCUCUGGAUCUUGUUUUGAAUGGUAAGGCAGAGCUACUCAUCGGCGGCAGCCUCGUCAUGAACCCGGGUACAGCGGCGCUCAGCCUGGUGAAGAAGGAAGACAACAAGCUUGACGGGUUUCAAACGACCUUUACGCCCGUGGCCAAGUUCACCGGUACCCUCACCGCAGCUGUCGAACUCGGUCUUCCCGUCACGCUUGAGGUCGGUAUCGAUGUCCUGAACGGCAAGUUCAAGAAGACGGUGGGACUGGUGAACAAGCCUUCUGUGUAUGCCUCCGCGAGCGUCACCAACGACCCAGACGCCAAAUGCAACAAUGGCGUGGAGCUCCGUGCAGGAGUCAAGAAUCGCAUUUAUGUGCAAGCCCUCGAGCUCUGGGACUAUGACAUCCGAACAGAUAUUCUCUACGAAAAGGGCAUUGCUUGCGUUACCGAGGAUGGUUUCGACACCACCGCUGUUGAGCCCGACGUGUCUGUUUUUGACACCGUGUCCGGCAAACUUGACGGAGCCGACAUUGCAAACGUCACGCCGCAGAUAAAUGAUGUCGCUGCCAACUUGACAAGCAACCAUGGCACCAACGUCGGGUUCCGCAUCAUCAUGGAUGAAGACAAGACUUCCAUUCUCGUCUCCGGCCAGGACGGGCACAUUUAUCUGGUCGGAACCGAUGAGCUGUACGACGUGAGCUCGCCGUGGGGAACCAUAGAUCUCAAAUCCAACGGCGUCAAUCUGGAUGUAUUUGGCCGCAUCAUGGCCUACUACCCAGAUAAAUACGCAAGGCUCAUCGCCGAUGUCGGCAUGUACGAACCCGACAAGGUCCCUGACAAGGAACGAGCAGCUGCCCUCGUCAAUCUCAAAACUGAUGAUAAAGACUUUGGUAUCAGCACGCUGCUUCUCACCAGAAACGGAAAAAAUGCCCUGUACUACCCGACCUUUUGCAAGACCGAUAAGGGGCUGCGGCUCUAUGGCACGUACAUGGUCGUCGACAAGAACGGACAAGUCCGCGCGAACAGCGCGACCGUGGCAAACAUAAAGCGCGGCCUGGCCCAAUUUGGCGCCGGCCGGCCUUGCCGAACUGUCCAGCUGACGACGAAGCUUGUGGACUGA